UAAUAACAGGGAUGAAGAUCCUGGCUAAUAUUCACCAUUAUUCAGAAAAGAAUGCUAACUUUCAACAUCAUAAAUCAUUUUUUUAUUAUUAUAUAUUCAAUGCCAUUUGAGCAACAGUUCCUGAGCUGCAUGAAAUCCAACAACACAUACUUGUAGUAUUUUGAGUGAAGAUUGCAGCAUAAUUGCAUAAUGAAAGGAAAAAGAAAGAAACCAUUGAAUUGUGUAGUAUUUUGUGUGAAAAUUAUUAUUAUUAUUUCUAGUGCAUGCAUUUUAUAAAAUGGUGAUCAGAUUUAGAUCUGUAGCAGAACUCCAGACUGCUGAGGGACUGUGAAACACCAUUCUACAGUCAGGUUCUAUAUGUAAAGAAGAAAACACUCCUCCACCACCCUCCCUAACACCCCCUCACACCCCCACCCAGAGGCUUUGUGUUCGUGGGGUACAGGGGGUAUGUGCAGAUGCACGGAUGGCCUGGUGUCCAUGCAGCUGAAAGUUUCCGCCCCCAUCAGCCCUGCCCGGCGUGCCGGAUGCUCACAGGCUCAGUGUGCACCCGAGUGGCCGAGUGGAGCUGCACCUUCUACACCGCCGCCGGCCUGCACAACCCGCGCAUGACGCUCUCCAGCAGGAACUCUCAACUUAUCCCAGCGCUGAGAUGUCGCUCGUGCUUCAGGGUAGACAUGUUCUCCAAAGGCACCAAGCGCAAGUUUCCCGGCGAGGAUGACGAGAUGUCGGACGAGAACCUGGCCAGUGCCAAGGUGUCCUCCUCGUACAGUCUGCAGCGCCAGUCUCUGCUGGACAUGUCCCUCAUCAAGCUGCAGCUAUGCCACAUGUUAGUGGAGCCCAACCUGUGUCGCUCCGUCCUCAUCGCCAACACGGUGCGGCAGAUCCAGGAGGAGAUGACCCACGACGGGAGCUGGGUGGUCACCGAAGCCUUCUGCAGCGGCGCUCAGGGGCCCUCCGAGCGCCUGGUGGCUACCGAGGUCCUGUGCCGGUCACGAGAGCAGGAAUCCGAGCCGAAGCUGUUCUCAGUCAUCAGUUAUGAAGAAAUCAGCCGGGAGGAGGAAGUCGUGACAGAUGAGACGCUGUGUUCGGUCUCGGUGCGCGACCCCGCUGCCGAUGUGUGUCUCUCAGAGACCUCGAGUCGUCAAUGGGACGCGAGUGAGGACGACCCCCCGAGAGACGAUGAAGACGAGGAUGAAGACGAUGAACAGGAAUGUCCCUCUUCCAGGGAGGAGCCGAAGGCAAUGGGACAAGUAAUUGGGACUUUCGAGAUCAAGAACGGCGCCUCGGGUCCGGACUCUGCUCUGGAGGAAUUGUUCUCUGACGUUGACGCGUCGUAUUACGACCUGGACAACAUGCUCACUGGGAUUCAGAGCACGGCACCCAAGAUGGGUCCGUACGACCUGCUGGACAGUUUGAGUCCCUCUCACACGCCGACGUCUAUAAACUCGCCGUCUAACUGCCGCUCCGAUCUUAACGAACUGGAGCACCUCAUGGAGAUCAUCGUCGGCUCUUAGAUCGGACUCGAUGAGGACCUCUGAGACUCGGACGCUUUUUCUCCUUGUAAUGUUUUUCUACCUGUUGUGGAAGUUCUGUCUGCAGUCCUUUCAGGGAAAGGAGUGUGUGUGUGUGUCUUCUAAAGAAUGGCCUUGAUUUUAUUGAGCUGAACAGUUAUCUUAUUUGCGCACCAUCUAUACAUUCUUUAUUUUCCUGUUCUUUUUUUUUUUAUUAUUAUUAUUAUAAUUUAUUUCUUUCUUGCGUCCAUUAACACUACAUGCCGGAUGGAGAGCAGAGCCAGAUGUAUACAAAUAAGUAUGAAAAAGUUAUUUUCAUAAAGAUGAAACUGUAAAAUGGUAAAAUAUAUUUUUACUGUA